AUGAUCCCUUCCCAGUGGCUGGCCACCCUGUUGGGUGGCUCGCUCGCCAUCCUGGGCGCUCACGCCGCCAUCGAUUUGAAUGUGGAAAGUCAAGGUGAGUCCUCAUGCGAUGAGGCUACUAUACCACUGCGGAAUACACCAAGCGCCCUGAUCGACCGGUUCACUGAUGGAAUCGGAGUAGACUCCCUCAAAACUGCGGCCAAAACCAUCGCCACCGACAUGAUGGAUUACUAUAACAAUCGCGACUCGAAGGAUAUCCCCGGCAAGUUUGACGGCACCUGGUGGGAAGGCGGCUCCAUGUUCAUGAUCCUCAUCCAAUAUUGGUGGUUGACCGGCGACACCCAAUUCAAUGACGCCAUCCAGGACGGCAUGUACUGGCAAAAAGGCGACGACAACUUCUUCCCCUCUAACUACUCCCAGUAUCUCGGCAAUGACGACCAGGUGUUCUGGGGUCUCGCCGCCAUCACUGCCGCGGAGCUCAACUUCCCCGAGCGCGACGGCCAGCCCUCCUGGGUCUCCCUGGCCCAGGGCCAGCUGCCACGGGGGAUGCGCUGGCAGAUCUGGCCCUACCAGAGCGGAUACACCACCAAAAAUGCCAUCUCUAACGGCGGUCUCUUCCAGCUGGCCGCCCGGCUAGCGUAUUACACCCACAAUGCGACCUACGCCGAAUGGGCGGAACGUAUCUGGGACUGGAGUGCCACCACACCCCUCUUGAAGCAAAAGAAUUGGAACAUUGCCGAUUCCACCACGUGCGAGACCCAGUGUACCGAUCACGGUGACUGGCAAUGGACGUACAACUAUGGCACUUACAUCAGUGGAGCCGGCUACAUGUACAACUACACCAACGGAACUGCUGAGAAGUGGAAGGAUGGCGUCGACGGCCUGUACGGCACUUCGGCCCAGUUUUACCCCACCAAGGGAUACAACAACGAUGGGGGCAAUGUCCUGGUCGAGAUCACCUGCGAAGCGGUCGACAAAUGUGAUCGCAAUCAGAUCACGUUCAAGGCGUACUUCACCAGCUGGCUGGCCUUCCUAACCACCAUCGUGCCCGGCACCUCGGACCAGUUCAUGCCGAAAUUCAAGACCUCGGCGCAGGCCGCCAUCAAGACCUGCACGGCAGGCAGUGACGGCAACCUCUGUGGCAUCAAGUGGUACGAGCAGGCGACAGAUAGUUCCACGGGCCUGGAACAGCAGAUGGCGGUGCUGGGCGUUCUCAAUGCCGUCAUGGUGCCCUUCAAGGGCCAAGCACCCCUGACCUCGGACACCGGCGGCACCUCCAAGAGUAACCCGAGUGCCGGUACCAACAGCUCUGACAGUGAUGUCCCUGCCCUGAAUACGGUGACGACUGGCGACCGGGCGGGCGCUGGCAUUCUCACCGUCAUUUUUGUGACUGGGUGGGCAGUUGCUGUCACUUGGAUGAUCCGUGGUGGCUAA